AGACAGAGCAAAGCCACAGCGCUCGCUCCGCUGGAUUAAAGGCACACCACAGACCAGAACUUCCACCAGCCGACUUAAAAUUACAUAGGUGGCUUGUCAAACUCAAUUGAUUAGUACUGUAAAAAGAAAAAAGACGCCCUCAUUAAAGCUUGGAUUCAACGGUCCAAAACAAAACAAAAAAAUGCAGCUGCCAUUAAAGUCACAGAUGAACAAACCUCUAAACUCAGUUUUUUAAAAAACCGAGAAUAAGAGCAUCAAGUUUCUGGAUUUGUCUCAUCAACAGACACAAAAAGACGUCACUGUACAACUUCAUUUCAAAAUGAAGGCUUUUAUCUGGACCACAGGUGUGCUGUUCUUCCUGCUGCUGGACACUGGGCACUGUAGAGGAGGGCAGUUCAAAACGAAAACACUGACCCCGAGGAGACACCCUCGUGCCACAGACAGUAAGGAGGAAACAAAGAAAUGUUCCUACACAUUCCUGGUCCCUGAACAAAAGAUCACCGGGCCUAUCUGUGUCAACACUAAAGGGCAAGAUGCAGGCACCAUUAAAGACAUGAUCACCAGGAUGGACCUGGAGAACCUGAAGGAGGUGCUCUCCAGGCAGAAGCGGGAGAUAGACGUCCUGCAGCUGGUGGUGGACGUGGACGGAAACAUCGUCAAUGAAGUCAAGCUGCUGAGAAAAGAAAGCCGCAACAUGAACUCUCGAGUCACCCAACUCUACAUGCAACUACUCCAUGAGAUAAUCCGUAAGAGGGAUAAUUCGCUUGAACUUUCCCAGCUGGAAAACAAGGUCCUCAAUGUCACCACGGAAAUGCUGAAGAUGGCAAGCAGGUACAGGGAGCUGGAGGUGAAGUACGCGUCCUUGACGGACCUCGUCAACAACCAGUCGGUGACCAUCACUCUGCUGGAGGAGCAGUGCCUGAGACUAUUUUCCCGACAAGACACCCGUGUGUCGCCCCCUCUGGUCCAGGUGGUGCCACAACACACUCCCAACAGUCACCAGUACACUCCAGGCCUGCUGGGGGGCAACGAGAUCCAGAGGGACCCAGGCUAUCCCAGGGACUCAGUGCCACCACCCGACCUGGCAAGUUCUCCUACCAAAAGUCCUUUCAAGAUUCCACCUGUAACAUUCAUCAAUGAAGGACCCUUCAAAGACUGUCAGCAAGCAAAAGCAGCUGGGCAUUCUGUCAGUGGGAUCUACCUGAUUAAACCUGAAAACAGCAACGGACCAAUGCAGCUGUGGUGUGAGAACAGCCUGGACCCUGGCGGCUGGACUGUGAUUCAGAAAAGGAAGGAUGGCUCUGUCAACUUUUUCAGGAAUUGGGAAAAUUAUAAGAAAGGGUUUGGAAACAUUGACGGAGAAUACUGGCUUGGACUGGAAAAUAUCUAUAAGCUUAGCAAUCAAGAUAAUUAUAAGCUGUUAAUUGAACUGGAAGACUGGAGUGAUAAAAAGGUCUAUGCAGAGUACAGCAGCUUUCGUCUGGAACCUGAAAGUGAAUACUACAGACUGCGCCUGGGGACUUACCAGGGCAACGCAGGCGACUCUCUGAUGUGGCAUAAUGGCAAGCAGUUCACCACGCUCGACCGAGAUAAGGACACAUACACAGGAAACUGUGCUCACUUUCACAAGGGAGGCUGGUGGUACAACGCCUGCGCACACUCUAACCUCAACGGAGUAUGGUACCGAGGGGGCCACUACCGGAGCAAGCACCAGGACGGAAUCUUCUGGGCCGAGUACAGAGGCGGGUCCUACUCCAUGAGGGCAGUCCAGAUGAUGAUCAAACCUAUCGACUGAGGACAGGCCCCCGGAUGGAACGGCACGGCACCGCUGUGUUCCAUCCCUGAACAUGUCAAUGCUGCCCGUACAUUACUUUGCACAAUUUAUUUCUACAGAUGGUUUCCAAAAUG